AUGGGCAGCGAGGGCGGUGGCAGGAGCCCCAGCAGUAGAACCUAUCACCUGCCAGCCUUGUUGAUUAUCCUGCUCGUCCUAAUCCAGAACUUUGAGCUUCACAUGUGCCGGCAAUUGAUGAGGCAGCCAAAUGACAAACGCUCCAAGGACAAGCUCUCCUUCCUGGGCAGCGCUGCAGCCUCGGCCCAGGCUGCCUUGCCCGAGGCUUUGGCUGCAGAUGAUAAGCGAACUGCAGGAAGGUCAUCUCCCAGCCAGCCCGAGGAGAUAUUCAGUGCCCCGACCGACGAUAGCUACGACGAGUACCCGAUGGUUGUACCGAAGCGUGCUGCUCUACUCCUGGAUCGUCUGAUGGUGGCUCUGCACCAUGCCCUUGAACAAGAACGCGGGGGACAUCGAAUCGGUGACUUCUAUGCGGACAAGAACAAUCUGAAUGUCAAGUUGAGUGAAUACAAGAACGGAUUGGAGGAGCACCAAGCAGGGGAUCAGGAUGGGGUCAAUCUGCAUAUGUAUAGCGAUGAUGAUCCGGGCGUAAUGUUGGAUUAUGAUUUCAAAGAUUUGAAUCAGAUCAAUCGCGCCACCGGCGAAACAAGAAGAGCCGGUGCGGAAUCGGAGCGAACCGGAUCGCCCGCCACCGCCGCCACUGGUUCCCCCACUGGUUCCCGGCGCAUACACCCAUCCCCCCAUGGCACUGGCGGUGGUCGCAUGUACUGGCGUUGCUAUUUCAAUGCCGUCAGCUGCUUCUAAUUUACCAUCAAUACCAUCAAAAGUGCAGCUCUGGAGUGAAACGAUACG